AUGAUUCCCGUCAAAGAUGCCGUUGCCAAAGACGCUAAAGUCAGCAGCCUCGACCAAUAUCGUGAGAUGUACGAACGGUCUCUCCAAGACCCGGAAGGAUUCUGGCUGGAGCAGGCCGAGCGCUUGGCCUGGUUCCAACCGCCGAGCUCUGCCGGCACCUGGGAUUACCACGAGGUGGACUUCAGUUGGUACCGGGACGGCAAGCUGAACGUUUGCUUCAAUUGUGUGGAUCGUCAUGCCGCUUCCCAGCCGGACAAAACGGCGAUCAUCUGGGCAGCGGACGAGCCGGGAGCCUAUGAGCAUAUUUCCUAUCGCCAGCUCGAGCGACGGGUCGGGCGCAUGGCCAAUGUGCUGAAAGCCCACGGUGUCGGCAAAGGGGAUCGGGUGUGUAUCUACCUGCCGAUGAUUCCCGAUUUGGCCUACACCAUGCUCGCAUGCGCCCGGAUCGGGGCGAUGCAUUCGAUCGUCUUCGCCGGAUUUUCCGCGGAUUCCUUGCGGGAUCGGAUCCUCGAUGCCGACUGCAAAAUCGUCGUCACCGCCAACGAGGGGUUGCGUGGCGGUCGGACCAUUCCCCUGAAGCAAACCGUCGACGAGGCGGUGAGCGGUUUGAGCUCGGUGACCUCGGUGCUGGUGUCUCGACGCACGGAUACCGAGGUCGCUAUGAGCCAAGGAAGGGAUCAUUGGCUCGAUGCCGAGCUGGCCAAGCAGCGAGCGACCUGCCCCGCGGAGUGGAUGGACUCGGAGGACCCCCUGUUCAUCCUCUACACCUCGGGGUCGACGGGUAAACCCAAAGGGGUGAUGCACACCACCGCGGGCUAUUUGGUUUACACCUCCUUGACCCAUGAGUAUGUCUUCGACCUGAAGCCCGACAGCGUCUAUGCGUGCGUCGCCGACAUCGGCUGGAUCACGGGCCACAGCUACAUCAUCUACGGCCCCCUGGCCAACGGUGCGACCACGGUGAUGUUCGAAUCGACCCCGAUGUAUCCCGAUGCGGGCCGUUAUUGGCAGUUGGUCGACGACUUGAAGGUGGAUAUUUUCUACACCGCGCCGACAGCGAUCCGAGCCAUCGCCCGGGAAGGUGACGACUGGGUGACGAAAUACGAUCGCUCCAGCCUACGGGUUCUGGGUACGGUCGGUGAGCCGAUCAAUCCUGAGGUCUGGCAGUGGUAUCACGAUCUGGUGGGCGACGGACGGUGCCCGGUGGUCGACACGUGGUG